GGCGGAGGGAGCCGCUCGCUCCUCCUCAGUAGCGCCGCUCGGUGCCCCGCGUCCCCGCCCCCGCCCCCGCCUCCCGCGGCAUCUUUGUCUCGCGGCCUCGCGCUCGCUCGCCGCACUCUCCGCCGGCGCCGCGGCCCCAGCUCCCCGGGCGGGCCCGCUCCUCCAGGCGCGCGCGCCGGCGAGCAAAGCGGGCGGGCAAAGCGGGCGGGCGCCGGGGGCCUGAGGCGGCGGGCGACGCCCGCGGGGUGGGGUGGGGUGGGGGGCUGACGGCCCCGCCGCGCCAUGGUGUGAGCCCCGCGGGCCCGCGCUCGUCGCGCUCCGAGGAGACGCCGCGCCGCCGCCGCCGCCGCCGCCGCCGCCGGCCUUGCCCCGUACCGCCCCGGUGCCCCGGCGCCGCGCGGAGCUCCUGACCGCGGCGGCUGUCGCUCCCGGGACGGCGACCGGGGAAGAUGGCGAACGAUUCGCCCGCGAAGAGUCUGGUGGACAUCGACCUCUCGUCCCUGCGGGACCCUGCUGGGAUUUUUGAGCUGGUGGAAGUGGUUGGAAAUGGCACCUAUGGACAAGUCUAUAAGGGUCGACAUGUUAAAACAGGUCAGCUGGCGGCCAUCAAGGUUAUGGAUGUCACCGAGGAUGAAGAGGAAGAAAUCAAACUGGAGAUAAAUAUGCUGAAGAAAUAUUCUCAUCAUAGGAAUAUUGCAACAUACUAUGGUGCUUUCAUUAAAAAGAGCCCUCCAGGACAUGAUGACCAACUCUGGCUUGUUAUGGAGUUUUGUGGAGCUGGGUCCAUCACAGACCUUGUGAAGAACACCAAAGGGAACACACUCAAAGAAGACUGGAUUGCUUACAUCUCCAGAGAAAUCCUCAGGGGACUGGCACAUCUUCAUAUUCACCACGUUAUUCACCGAGAUAUCAAGGGACAGAAUGUGCUGCUGACGGAGAAUGCAGAGGUGAAACUUGUUGAUUUUGGUGUGAGUGCUCAGCUGGACAGGACGGUUGGACGGAGAAAUACAUUCAUAGGCACACCCUACUGGAUGGCUCCUGAGGUCAUUGCCUGUGAUGAGAACCCGGACGCCACUUAUGACUACAGAAGCGACCUGUGGUCUUGUGGCAUCACAGCCAUCGAGAUGGCGGAAGGCGCCCCCCCUCUCUGUGACAUGCACCCAAUGAGAGCACUGUUUCUCAUCCCCAGAAACCCUCCUCCCAGGCUGAAGUCAAAAAAAUGGUCAAAGAAAUUUUUCAGCUUUAUAGAAGGCUGCCUGGUGAAGAAUUACAUGCAGCGUCCCUCUACAGAGCAGCUUUUGAAACACCCUUUCAUAAGGGAUCAGCCUAAUGAAAGGCAGGUUCGAAUCCAGCUGAAGGAUCAUAUAGACCGGACCAGAAAGAAGAGAGGGGAGAAAGAUGAAACCGAGUAUGAGUACAGUGGGAGCGAGGAGGAAGAGGAGGAAGUGCCUGAACAGGAAGGAGAGCCAAGUUCCAUCGUCAACGUGCCUGGAGAGUCGACUCUGCGACGGGAUUUCCUGAGACUGCAGCAGGAGAACAAGGAACGGUCUGAGGCUCUGCGCAGGCAGCAGCUUCUGCAGGAGCAGCAGCUCCGGGAGCAGGAGGAGUAUAAGAGACAGCUGCUGGCGGAGAGGCAGAAACGGAUUGAACAGCAGAAAGAACAGAGGAGGCGGCUGGAAGAGCAACAGAGACGGGAGCGUGAAGCCAGGAGGCAGCAGGAGCGGGAACAGCGAAGGCGAGAGCAGGAGGAGAAGAGGCGUCUGGAGGAGCUGGAAAGAAGGCGGAAAGAAGAGGAAGAGAGGAGAAGGGCAGAGGAGGAGAAGAGGAGAGUGGAACGGGAGCAGGAGUACAUCCGGCGGCAGCUGGAGGAGGAGCAGCGGCACCUGGAGAUCCUGCAGCAGCAGCUGCUCCAGGAGCAGGCCAUGCUACUGGAGUGCCGAUGGCGGGAGAUGGAGGAGCACCGGCAGGCAGAGAGGCUCCAGAGGCAGUUGCAACAAGAACAAGCAUAUCUCCUGUCUCUACAGCACGACCACAGGAGGCCGCACCCGCAGCAGCAGGCGCAGCAGCCGCAGCAGGACAGGAGCAAGCCAAGCUAUCAUGCUCCAGAGCCCAAGCCUCACUACGACCCUGCUGACAGAGCUCGGGAGGUGGACGAUAGAUUUAGAAAGACUAACCACAGCUCCCCUGAGGCCCAGUCUAAGCAAACAGGCAGAGGAUUGGAGCCACCGGUGCCUUCCCGAUCAGAAUCUUUUUCCAAUGGCAACUCCGAGUCUGUGCACCCUGCCCUACAGAGACCAGCUGAGCCACAGGUACAGUGGUCCCACCUGGCAUCUCUCAAGAACAAUGUUCCCCCUGUCUCAAGAUCCCAUUCCUUCAGUGACCCUUCUCCUCCCAAAUUCGCACACCACCAUCUUCGUUCUCAGGACCCAUGUCCACCUUCCCGCAGUGAGGUGCUCAGUCAGAGCCCUGACUCUAAGUCGGAGGUACCUGACCCCACCCAAAAGGCUUGGUCUAGAUCAGACAGUGACGAGGUGCCUCCAAGGGUUCCUGUGAGAACAACAUCUCGUUCCCCUGUCUUAUCCCGUCGGGAUUCCCCACUGCAGGGCAGUGGGCAGCAGAAUAGCCAAGCAGGACAGAGGAACUCCACCAGCAGUAUUGAGCCCCGUCUCCUGUGGGAGAGAGUGGAGAAGCUGGUCCCCAGGCCAGGCAGUGGCAGCUCCUCAGGGUCCAGCAACUCAGGAUCGCAGCCUGGCUCCCAUCCUGGGUCUCAGGGCGGCUCUGGUGAACGCUUCAGAGUGAGAUCAUCAUCCAAGUCUGAAGGAUCUCCAUCUCAGCGCCUUGAAAAUGUAGCCAAAAAACCUGAAGAUAAAAAAGAAGUAUUUCGACCUCUCAAGCCUGCUGGUGAAGUGGACUUGACUGCAUUGGCCAAAGAGCUUCGAGCAGUGGAGGAUGUACGGCCACCUCACAAAGUGACGGACUACUCCUCCUCCAGUGAAGAGUCUGGGACCACGGAUGAGGAAGAGGAGGACGUGGAGCAGGAGGGGGCUGAUGAUUCCACCUCGGGACCAGAGGACACCAGAGCAGCGUCAUCUCUGAAUCUGAGCAAUGGUGAAACAGAGUCUGUGAAAACUAUGAUCGUCCAUGAUGAUGUUGAAAGUGAGCCAGCCAUGACCCCAUCCAAGGAGGGUACCCUGAUUGUCCGCCAGAGUACAGUUGACCAAAAGCGUGCCAGCCAUCAUGAGAGCAAUGGCUUUGCGGGGCGCAUUCACCUCUUGCCAGAUCUCUUACAGCAAAGCCAUUCCUCCUCCACUUCCUCCACCUCUUCCUCCCCAUCCUCCAGCCAGCCGACACCCACCAUGUCCCCACAGACACCCCAGGACAAGCUCACUGCUAAUGAGACUCAAUCCGCUAGUAGCACACUCCAGAAACACAAAUCUUCCUCCUCCUUUACACCUUUUAUAGACCCCAGGUUACUACAGAUUUCUCCAUCUAGCGGGACAACAGUUACUUCUGUGGUGGGAUUUUCCUGUGAUGGAAUGAGACCAGAAGCCAUAAGGCAAGAUCCUACUCGGAAAGGCUCAGUGGUCAAUGUGAACCCCACAAACACUAGGCCACAGAGCGAUACCCCCGAGAUUCGUAAAUACAAGAAAAGGUUUAACUCGGAGAUCCUGUGUGCUGCCUUAUGGGGAGUGAAUUUACUAGUCGGCACGGAGAGUGGUCUGAUGCUCUUGGACAGAAGUGGCCAAGGGAAAGUGUAUCCUCUGAUCAACAGAAGACGGUUCCAGCAAAUGGAUGUUCUUGAGGGCCUAAAUGUCCUGGUGACAAUAUCUGGCAAAAAGGAUAAGUUACGUGUCUACUAUUUAUCAUGGUUAAGAAAUAAAAUCCUUCAUAAUGACCCAGAAGUUGAGAAGAAGCAAGGGUGGACCACUGUGGGCGAUUUGGAAGGAUGUGUACACUAUAAAGUUGUAAAAUAUGAAAGAAUCAAAUUUCUGGUAAUUGCUUUGAAGAGUUCUGUGGAAGUCUAUGCGUGGGCACCAAAGCCAUAUCACAAAUUUAUGGCCUUUAAGUCAUUUGGAGAACUGGUACAUAAGCCAUUACUGGUGGAUCUCACUGUUGAGGAAGGCCAGAGGUUGAAAGUGAUCUAUGGAUCCUGUGCUGGAUUCCAUGCUGUUGAUGUGGAUUCAGGCUCAGUCUAUGACAUUUAUCUACCAACACACGUAAGAAAGAACCCACACUCUAUGAUUCAGUGUAGCAUCAAACCCCAUGCAAUCAUUAUUCUCCCCAACACGGACGGAAUGGAGCUUCUGGUGUGCUAUGAAGACGAGGGGGUUUAUGUAAACACGUAUGGAAGGAUAACCAAGGACGUGGUUCUGCAGUGGGGAGAGAUGCCGACAUCUGUAGCAUAUAUCCGAUCGAAUCAGACAAUGGGCUGGGGAGAGAAGGCGAUAGAGAUACGAUCUGUGGAAACUGGUCACUUGGAUGGUGUAUUUAUGCACAAAAGGGCUCAAAGACUAAAAUUCUUAUGUGAACGCAAUGACAAGGUGUUCUUUGCCUCCGUUCGGUCUGGUGGCAGCAGUCAGGUCUAUUUCAUGACCUUAGGCAGGACUUCUCUUCUGAGCUGGUAGAGGCAGUGUGAGCUGGGAUCACUGAACCCCGGAGUCAUCAAGACCCUGAGAACUUGGAAUUCCUUGCAACUGGAGCUCAGAGCUGCGAGCGAGGGUGCAGCCAGGACAGCUGUCUAUGCAGGCCUCUUUCGUGUUGGGUCCUCUCCCCUCCUUCCUAUACUUUUGCCAGUUUCUUCCCAUUCUCUCCUUUUCCUUACUCAAAUAAAUCAAGGCUGCACUGCAGCUGGUGCUGUUAGACUACCAUCGGUGCUAGGAGUGUCUGGGGAUGAGCGUCAGACCAGAGAGAGCGCCUCUCUGCAGCUCCAGGAUUCCUUGUCUCUGAGUGACUCUGGCCUGGAAGUGUCUGUGGUUGUGAUGAGCACACCAUCAGAUGUCGGCAGUGGGCACAAGGAGGUGAGAAGUGGUGUAAGAAGCAGCUUGCUGAAGCAGAGAACAGAUUUAAUAUAGUAACAUUAACAAUGUAUUUAAUUGACAUUUCUUUUUUUUGUAAUGUGACAAUAUGUGGACAAAGAAGAAGGUGCAGGUUUAAGAAGUUAAUAUUUAUAAAAUGUGAAAGACACAGUUACUAGAACUUUUUGUGGGUGGGGCUUAGGGUGGGUGGGGUGGGAUAAGGGGUCCCAUUUUGUUUCUUUGAAAUUUUUUGGAGGGUGUUGUCCUGGCCAAGAACUGGGUCAUUUUUCUGUGUACCAAGUUUUGCCUAAAUUGUGCAGAUGGUUCUUUUUUAAAAAAAAGAGAGAGAGAGGGAGAGCGAGAGAGAAAGGAAGAGAAGGAAAAUGUGUGUGUCCUGUUCGCCGGCCAGAACUUUGUUGUGUGACAGUAUUAGCACUGCCCCUACUAAAGGAAGGGUUCAUUUCUGUGUAAGCCUGGGAUAGCGACAGCAGCUCCACCACGGUCUGCACUUGCAGUAGGAAAAAGUCAACGUUCCUGUGGGGUUUUGUUGUUGUUUUGUUUUUUGCCUACCUCAUUGUUUUGAAUGCAUUGAGAGGUGAUUUAGUUUAUGGAUUUGGCAGAAAACAUUAAUAUUUAAUUUAACCUUAAUACCCGAACUAUUGGAUUGAAGUUGUCACAAGUCUAAUGAGGUGCAAGCAAAGCUGUCUGUGGAGGCGGGCACUAGCCUGGUGCUUUUGGAAAGCAGAAUGCUCUGUUUCCACCAGGUUCACGAUUAGUGGUGGGUGGGCAGCUGUCACCUAAUAUUAACACAUGAGAUUUCAUUUUUCCCAAUUGGGGUUUGAUAGCAGGCAGGUGGUCACAUUUGAGUAGUCACACAAACUGUUCAUUGUUUCAGGAACCUUUUCUUGGGGGUGAGGGUGUGUCCCUUUUCUAAAAAUGCAAUGCACUAAAACUAUUUUAAGAAUGUAGUUAAUUCUACUUAUUCCUAAAGAUGCCAUCUCCCUGUGUUUUAGAUGUAAUAUUGAAGCCCUGGCUUUUCUUGUUUUCUCACUUGCUCUCUUGUUCUGGUUUUUUUAACCUAAUUUUUCUUUAUGAAUAUGUCUGUGACAUUUGUAAUAAAUGUCUUGUAAUAAUUUG